AUGCGGAAGAAAGCACGUGCGUUGCGGCGUGCGGGGCGGGGUGCGGGGGGCGGAGAAGGCCAAGUCGGGAGAAAGUUGCGAAAAGGUCGCUACUUUUUCCCAAAUAUUCGGAGUGAAAGUGCGACUCCAACCGAUCGAAAUCACCAUGCCCACUGUUUCUUAUUUUCGGGUUUUGUACUCCGUUUUGCAGAACAAGUGCGCGUGUUGCAAAGAGGGCAGGGGCUGCGGUCCGGGCAGCAACUGUGGCGGGGGCGGCGGGCCCAAGGGCUGGGCGGGCGGCGCGAGAGGAUACUCCAUUAUAUUCAAAGGUUCAGACGGGCAUCGCGGACGCGCGGGGCGCAGGCGCUCACCUCACGUGCGGGCGCGGCUGCGAGCAAAGCGCGAGUCGCGAGUCGCGAACCUCUCCGCCGCGCGCCGCCUCGCCCCACCGCCCCACCAGUGUACCACCCCACUGUGGCACUGGCACCUGCUAGUGCGCAUCUAGCUGUUAAGACCCAAGGGAAGCUGGAGAUAACUCGAUACAGUCACUUAUAUUAA